CGGAGCUACAGCAGACGAUGCGGGCCGUGGACGAAGAGAGGAUGAUGCAGAGAGAAAAGAAACUGAGGUGCGACGUGGCCGCGCUGGACAAGAUGGCCGCCAUGCUGAGGCACACUCUGGAGGAUACGGAAGACAUCUUCGACGAUGCUCAGGACAAGAUCGUCCUGAGGUGUUGCCACAGCCUCUACCAUGCCGUUGCCUCCUGCAUUGCUCGAUUCAAAACCAGCUGUGCGUGGAUUGCACGCAACGUCCACACAAAAUCAGCUCGGCUAGUGCAGUGGGCGCCCAAGAUCUCCUUGUGUAUUGCUGGCUUCAAAACCAGCUGCGCGUGGAUCGUCCGGAGUGGAUCAGCUCGGCUACAGCAGUGUGCGCGGAAGAUCUCCUUGCGUGGGUCAGAGGAUGUACUUCCUAUGACAGCCAGUGCUGCACCCUUGGGCGAGCCUGCUCCGGUGGUGACCAGUGUUGUGGCCUCAAAUGGACCGGUUCCAGUGGCGACAAAUGCCGCGCACUCGGAUUCCUCGUGGAUCUGGCUCUCUUGUUGGUAUAGCUUGUUUGGCUUCUGCAAGAACUAUUGUAGAUCCACAUUCUACUGGUUAGUUCAUGCAAUUGAGUUUGCCCGCUUUUAUCGAGACUGGUCCUAUGAUGUGGUUGGCAUCACAAGUUACCAGGAGAAUGCCACUGCGUUAGAUUUUGUCCUUACUGCUAUCUUAAGACGGAAAUUGAAGAAAAGAAUAGAGAAGGUAGAAAGCAUCAUCAGUGAAGUGAAGAAAUCACCACUCUUCCGCGUGGCAAGCAACAACGCACCGAAUGAUAUUGCCAACAAGAAUAGGAGCAGAAUUAGAGCUUCUAGCAAGCAGAAGGUAUUUGGUCGAGAGCUGUUGCGUGAUGAUAUCAUGGCAAGGCUCCGUGAGACACCACAGGGUGAUGCACCAAGGUCUAGUCCAUGUUACUCUGUGAUUGGCUUAUAUGGUAUUGCAGGGUCUGGGAAGACUACCUUUGCAGGAUAUAUUCGAGAUUACAUAAAGAAGGAAUGCAAGGAGAAACUUUUCGACGCCAUCAUGUGCAUUCAUGUGUCCGAGACUUUUAGUGUGGAUGAUAUAUUUCAUGACAUGCUGAAGGAUAUUACCAAAGAUCGGCACUCCAAUAUUUCAGAUCAUGAAGAGCUGGAAGAGAAGUUGAAGGAAGCGUUGCGUGGCAAACGUUUCUUCUUGAUAUUGGAUGAUCUCUGGGUGAAAAACAAGCACGACUCACAAUUGGAGGAACUAAUCUCUCCGCUUAUUGUUGGGGCGAAAGGAAGCAAAAUGCUGGUGACAGCUCGAACAAAAGAUGCAGCUGGUGCUCUAUGUGCCAAUGAACUUAUUAAAAUGCCUGGUUUGGAUGAGGAUGAGUACUUGAAGAUGUUUAUGCAUUAUGCAUUGGAUGGUACAAGUUGUGCUCAUGAAGAAUUUAUCUCAGUUGGGAGAGAGAUUGCCAAAAAGCUACAUCGAUCACCUGUUGCAGCAGUAACAGUUGCAGGACGGCUUGGGGCAAACCCAAAUAUCAGUUUUUGGAAAAAUGUUGCAAAGCUUGACAUGUUGAAUGACACCAUGGAUGCUCUCUGGUGGAGCUAUAAGCAGCUUAAUCCAGACAUCAGGCGAUGCUUUGAAUUCUGCAAUGUUUUCCCCAGAAGAUUGAAGUUGAGAAAGGAUGAGUUAGUUCACCUGUGGAUAGCACAAGGGUUUGUAAAGAGCAGUUGUGCAACAGAGGAGAUGGAAGAUGUAGCUGAGGGCUACAUUCAAGAGUUAGUAUCAUGCUCAUUUCUGCAACCAGAAGGAGAUUACUUUGCAAUCCAUGAUCUGCUGCAUGAUUUAGCAGAAAAGAUCGUCGGAAGUGAUUUCUUCAGAAUCGAGAAUGAAAGGAGCCAGAGAGGAGGAGCCUGGAAAGGGGAUGUCCCUGGAGAUGUCCGGCAUCUUUUUGUUCAGAAUUAUGAUGCAGAAUUGAUUACUGAGAAGAUCCUUGGAUUGGAAAAUUUACGCACUCUUAUCAUUGAUGCUGUUAAUGGGGAUACACCAGUUGAUGAAAAAGUCUUUGAGAGUAUAUGCAAGAGGCUGCCGAAAUUGCGGGUACUAGCCGUUGCUCUCAGAAAGAAACAUUGGGUAAUCAGCAAACCCAGUGAGUUCUCGGUCCCAAAAUCUAUUGCUCAGUUAAAGCACCUACGCCAUCUUGCUUUCAAGACAGACCGCUCAUGCUCUGUAAUUUUACCAAGCGCACUAACGAAACUUCAUCAUAUCCAGCUGCUGGAUUUUUUCGAGGGCCAAAUAUUGAAAUUCCCCUUUGCUGAGCUUGUCAAAUUGAGGCACAUGUUCUGCAGGCAAAACUUGAGAUUCCCUAAUUUGGGCAGGCUGGUCUCGCUCCAAACGCUACCAGGCUUCACAGUAAGCAAUGAACAGGGUUAUGAGAUAAGGCAGCUGAGGGACCUAAACAAGCUUCGUGGCAGCCUGUACAUCGAUGGCCUUAAAAAUGUUAAAAGCAAGGAGGAAGCUCUUGAAGCCAAUCUAGCUGCCAAGGAACGGCUCACAGAACUGUGCUUGGUAUGGGGUUGUGAUAAUGAUACAAGGUGCAGUCCAAAAGUUGAAGCAGAGGUACUUGAGGGCCUGUGCCCUCCCGUGGGGCUUCAAAAGCUUGAAAUACAUGGAUACAGAGGUUCAAGGUACCCAGAUUGGAUGGUGGGUAAGCAGAGCGGUGGCCCAGAGGGCCUGCGAAAUCUUUUUCUCGGGGGAUGCAGCCAACUCGGGUCUGGUCCUGAAUUUGAGGCUUUCCCUCAUCUUCGUGUGCUCUAUAUUUACUCCUGCAGCUGGGACUCCUUACCAGGCAAAAUGGAGCGCCUCACGUUGCUCAAGAAACUGUAUAUCGCGGGAUGCAAGAAUAUCCGGUCUCUUCCAACACUGCCCCAGUCUAUUGAGCAAUUGUAUCUUGCUUCCUGCAACCACGAGUUCAUGAAGUCUUGUAAAACAGCCGGACAUCCAAACUGGGAAAAGAUUGAGCACAUCCCCAGGAAAGAUAUUCGGUGA